AUGAUUGGUCCAACAAUUCAAGACGAUCUUUUUUCUCUCGUACUCAGAUUUCGAUUUCAUAAAUAUGUAUUAACCGGCGACAUCGAGAAAAUGUACCGUCAAUUUUGGGUACGAGAAGAAGAUCGAAAAUAUCAACAAAUUUUAUGGCGUGACGAAACCGAUAAAAUAACCAGAUUUCAGUUGAAUACCGUUACCUUUGGGCUAUCUGCAGCUCCAUUUUUAGCCAUCCGAAGUCUGCAUCAGCUCGCACGAGAUCACGAAGAACAGUAUCCACAAGCUGCUCGAAUCUUGUUGCGAGACAUGUACGUAGAUGACCUUUUGACUGGUUUCGAUUCUUUAGCCGACGCUCAAUCAAUCCAAAGAGAACUCAUUGAAUGCUUAAAACGAGGCGGUCUUAAUAUCCGUCAGUGGGCAUCUAAUGAUCCUGAGCUGCUCAGACAUCUACCGAAGGAAUCAAUUAAUCAGAAAUUGUUCAUCAAUGACAACAAAACUCUGAAAACUCUUGGAGUAUUUUGGAAUUCAGAAACCGACACCAUUAACUAUUCCCACAAGAUUUCAAGCGAGAAAAAACCAGUCACAAAGAGAGAAAUACUCUCCGACAUUGCAUCCAUAUUUGAUCCACUAGGUUUACUAGGCCCAACCACCUUAACUGCGAAACACGUGAUGCAGCAACUCUGGGCAGCAGGUAUAGAAUGGGAUGAAUCGGUACCCACAAAUAUUUACACGCAAUGGGUCAAGUAUUACCAACAACUACCUCUUCUAAAUAAUAUACAUUUCAAACGUCACGUAGUAAUACAUGAUAUGAGCAAUUUAGAGAUUCAUGGAUUCGCCGACGCUAGCAGUAUUGCUUACGGAGCCUGCCUUUAUGUUAGGUCAACCAAUGUGCAUGGCCAAAUUAAAACGCAACUACUUUGUUCGAGAUCUCGAGUGGCUCCACUGAAAACUAUCAGUAUACCAAGGCUGGACCUUUGUGCGGCUCUAACACUCGUGGAGCUAUACAAUUCAGUGCAGAAGGCCAUAAGGUUCGAUCCUUCACGAGUCGUUCUAUGGUCAGACUCAAUGAUUACCCUACACUGGAUCAGUAAAUCACCACACCUGUUACAAACCUUCGUGGCUAACAGAGUCACCGAUAUCCAGAAGGGGACCAAAAAUUGUGAAUGGAGGCACAUUGGGUCAGCCGAUAACCCAGCAGACGCACUCUCCCGAGGUCAGCUACCUGCAGACUUCACUAACAAUGCGCUGUGGCAGGUAGGACCCACGUGGUUGAACGGUCCAGAAGAAGAAUGGCCGAAGAACUUAGAUAUUUUUCCAGGGACCGAAGAAGAAUUUAAAACCUGCCUCAACAUCACCAUCGAUGAGGGCAUCCUCAAUAAAUUCUCCUGCAUUCAUAAGGCUGAAAGAAUUAUUGCCCUCUGUCUACGGUUCAUGAAAUCAUGUCGCAAAAAGACCAACACUCCCAAGGGGCCACUCUCUGUUGACGAGCGGAAUGAGGCUAGAUUGAAAAUGAUAAAGAUGGCUCAAGUACUUUCCCUUCCCAACGACUUGAAGCAAAGGCCGUCUGAUCUCAAGAAAACCAAGCAAAAAUACAUGUCUCAAUUAAACGCAUUCAUCGACGAUUAA